GCAACACCUGCCCUGAUCCUGAUCCUCCAUCCUCAGACUCGACUGGCAGUGUAGGCCUCCAGCCUUGUACUAAUGUCAGAUGUGAGAGCCUGUGCUUAGGUAAGAAAUCACGUCUCACUGAAGACAUUCAAACAAAGGUUGGAACACUACUUUACCAGAACAGAAAGGAAACUCAUGCAUCAGAAAAGGUGAUUAAUAAAUGUACCAAAAGAAUAUGGGUGCACAAAUACCAGAAUCUGAUCAGAUUAAACAGUUUAAGGAAUUUCUUGGGACUGACAAUAAACUUACAGAAAUCUGCUUUUUGGACUGUGUUAAGACUGCACAAGAGAUACUUCAGGAAUAUAAUAUUCAGCAGAAUGAAGCUCUGCCAGCCAAAGCAGGACUCCUUGGCCAACCACAAUAGAGAAGUCCUAGACUGCCAACAGCUGCUGCACUGGAAAUGAGUAUGCAUCUGAUACAAUCCCCUGAAAGCAGUUGCCACCUUGUUAAGCCAUCUAUCAUGAGUUUUUGGCAAAUGGAAACCACUGGAGAAACCAGUGAUUAUUCCUAUUUACCGGGAAUAAUCAGA